UACGCGUUUUCCGCAUUCCAGACAUAUCUAUAUUACCCUCCUAAAGCACAAAGCUUUUCGUUCCUUUUCCUUUUCUCUGUUUGAAAUCUCCCCAGUGAAAAAUUACGAAGCUUCUGUCAUAAUCUUCAACCCAUUAAUCUCUCUCUCUCUCUCUCUCUCUCUCUCUCUCUCUCAUCAAACGGCACGGAAGAUUUUCCCUUUCCGGCUUCUGAAAGAAAUGUGUCCCAUGAGGUUCAUCUUGGUGUUUUUCUCGGCAAUGCUAGCUGCAUAUUUUGCAUGGAAGACAGUUCAUUCUUCGCCCCAGACGGACAAGAUUUUAGAGGACAUUACACUUGACAAAACGUCAACGAUAGAUAAACCAGAAUUUAAUCUUAAAAAGACGAUUCAAGAAUGCUUCUGGGUGUUCGUUGACAUGGCCAGCGGGAGGUACCUAUGGAGGAAUCUGAGGAAGAAUGAGCACGUUAAGAGCUGCUAGAACUUUAUCAUGGAACUAAUUUCAGGCUUAUCUCUGUAAUCUAUUAGUACAGCACCAGAGAAAUAUGUCAUUAAUUUUCGGCGGGUGGAGGCUGGGAUAUAAGGACGUAGCACUGUAGACCUCGUACAAUUCUGCAAAUACGAAAAUGUCUUUUUUUUUUUGGUCCUCAAGUGUCGAACUUUAUAUUUUCAAAUGCAUCUUUCGCUUUCGAAGCCUGAAGUCCGUAAUACAAAAACUGGAAAAACCAAAGAUCUAAACAGAAUCCAACAUCUUGAUCCAAAAAGUAUCAGUGUCCAGUCUGCAAUUUCUGCACCUUCUAUUUGUCAAACCAGUUCCUACUGGAUUUUUAUAUCCAAUGGGAGAGGAAAUA